AUGCCGAAACUCUCUAGUGUGCUCGAUGGAAUUCCUAAACUCUCAGCCCUGCCUGGCGAUCUGAACGAUACCAAGAACUGGGGCUUCACAGUUUACCGCACUUACUAUGGCCCUUCCAACGACGAGAACUGGGACAAGUUGCUCACGACUGCCAAGAGGGAAGCAAUGGAAGAGGCCAUGAAGUGGAGUGACGACGAGUCCGGAGAGAAGCUCAAGCCCCUUUUCCGCCUCGAUGCCCGCUCCGACGCAUCCUUAUUGAGUGGCGUGGAUCGGCGUGGACUCAUCCAAAUGUACAAUAAUGGUGUAGGCGGACCGCCUAUGCCUACACGCGGACCCCGCGUUUUUCUCUAUACCGAUGAAGAGAUUCUCAAUCAGGUCAGCCAGGGCACCUUCAAUCUUAAGGCAGUCGACGCAGAGGAAGAGCCGAGAGAGGAUAUUCCUCCAGAGGAAGGUGACGAGUUCUUCGGUCAGCCGAGGUACUGGGGUUGUAUGAAAAUAGAGACAAGGCAGGUACUCGAGCUUUUGGGCGGAUUGGAGUGGAGCCAUACUGAGUGUGUUAUUAUGUGGACGGAAAAUCAGGCGGAUCUCGACGAGCAAGUCUGGGACGGAUGGGAUGCGGAUUGA